GGAGCGGAGCUGGAACUUACAGCUGUUCAGACUGUAGCAAUGGAUAACAAAACUUCAGGGCCAGCUUCUGGGUGCCCAACACCUGAAAAUAUACCUUCUGGUCUAGACGUGUUUAGAACAAUACCAUAUGCCUUGAUCCUGCCAGAACUGUUCUUUGGGUGCUGGGUAUGGAUCCUUGUAGCAGCCACUACUGUGUAUUUCCCGUUGCUGCAGGGAUGGGUUAUGUACGUCUCAGUCAGUUCCUUUCUCAUCUCCCUGCUGCUCCUAAUGUCCUACCUGUUCGGCUUCCACAAAAACUUUGCAUCCUGGAGAAUCCUGGACAGUCUUUACCACGGAGCCACUGGCAUCUUUUAUUUGAGCGCUGCAGUCCUGCAGGCUAAUGCAACAAUCCGCUCUGAGACUGAAGUGCGGCCUGAAGAACUUCUACCUCGCUACUAUCAGCUUAAUGCUGCGGCCACAUUCUUUGCAUUCGUCACAACUCUGCUGUAUAUUUUGCAUGCCUUCAGCAAUUACUAUCACUGAAAAAUGCUGUGGAAGAAAGUACUACGGGGGCAAAGUAUAAACACCACUUGGAGUUUGUGUUUCAAACUGAAUUGUUAAAACUGAUGUAAGAACAGAGCCCAGCUAAAUCUGUGGUUAUUCAGAACCUAGCACCUUCUCUCAAUUUACAUGAAAGAGCUAUUUGCUGUUGUAAAAAAACUGGACUAUUUACAUUGAACUGUUCUGCUAUGUUCUGUAUGAAAAUGUAAUAGAACUUCUAUUAUUAUGUGGUUCUCCUGAUCAUCCAAAAUUGUGGCCUGCUCCUCAUGUUAAAGGUAAAGUGUGCUGUUAAGUCAAUUUUAACUCCUGGCACCCACACAGCUCUGUGGUUUUCUUUGGUAGAAUACAGGAGACGUUUAACAUUGCCUCCUCCUGCAUAGUAGGAGAUGAUGCCUUUCAGCAUCUUCUUAUAUCACUGCUGCCCUCGUCGGGAUUUGAACCGGCAACCUUCUGCUUGUUAGUCAAGCAUUUCCCCAAUGCACCACUUAAGGUGGCUGCUCCCCAUGCUGUAAAGUCUGUGUAAAUAAUAUACUCAUUUAUUUAAACCAAUGGUUUUUUCAAACAUUCAGUCUUCAGGGAACCCUUCCAUGUGUAUUCAUCAAUCCAUUUUGCAAAGAAUUCUGGGAUAUAUUCUGGGGCACUUACUUGGUUCAUAGGAGGCCAUGGCUAGGCUCAUUUUCCUGCACACAGAUGUGCCCUAGAACACGCCUAACACACUUCUGUGCCUGCAACAUGGAGAAAAUUGCCAGUAGUGGACAAACUUCUUUCUGAAAGGCUUCUUUGCAUUUUCUCACAGCAGGCCCUCUUAUAAGCUUCCACACAACUCCAGGUCUAACGAUCUCUCAAAAUUGUGUGUACCUUUCAGGGCAUUUUGAUAAAACACAUUCAGCUUGGCUUCCACAAACAAAUUCUUUUCCCAGUAAUCACUGGGACAUACUUUGACUGACAUCCUGACUAAAUUACUCAACUGAAGUCCUAUUGAAGUUAAAUAGUUCUUCAGAGUAGCUCUUGAGUAAUACUAUUUAGUAAAUUAGUCUGGAUUGCAGCCGUUUUUUAAAAAAAUAUAGUCAUGAUGUCCAAGAUUAUUUAUACCUCAUCAACUUUUUAAUGGGAAUUAAUUCAUGAGAACGUGCCUGCAAGCAGCCACGGAUGGUAUUUAAAGUAUUUCUAGGGAGUACUUUUUGGAGUAUUUCUUCUGGUGGUCACUAUCAGUUGUCUCUGCAUGGGAGGGCAUUAACAACAACAACAACAACAAAUCACCAUGGUGAAGUAGUCAUAACCCCAUUAUGAUAUCACCAGGUCAAGAUGUACUGUAUGAAUUGGCCCUUACUUUUCAAACAAUGCUAAUAUACGUUUUUAAAAGAAUGGUUUCCCCUCUUUGUAAUUACAUAGAAUAUUUGCUUUGGUGGAGAAAUGUGAAGUAAUAUGUAAACCUGUAUGUAUUCCCACCCACCCCCUUCAUUUUGUAUUGUUACUUUAGUUGUGCUAGUUCAACAUGACUGACUUGUAUCCCUUCCCCUGGCUCAUAUGCAUCUCUUUGGCUUUUGUUGUAAAAUAAAGUCUAAGCAGAGAACUGCCAGAAUAA